UUUAGUUUAAGACAUAUAUGUCGCAAAUUUAUUGGUUUAGUCCUCUACAAUCCAAAAAAAAAAGAAAAGAAAACCUUUAGUUUAAUAAAUAUUUUCUAUCGGCAGAAAAGAAGACGAAUAGAGAAAUUAUGGAUCCAGGUAUAAUUAAAAAGCUCGAUCAGGCAGUCGUAAAUCGUAUUGCUGCGGGUGAAGUUAUACAAAGGCCUGCAAACGCUUUAAAGGAAUUAAUAGAAAAUAGCUUAGACGCAAAGGCCUCGCUGAUACAAGUGACCGUAAAAGUCGGCGGUCUGAAAUUGUUGCAAAUUGAAGAUAACGGCACUGGAAUACGUAAAGAAGAUCUUGAAAUAGUUUGUGAACGGUUCACUACUUCCAAAUUGACCACUUUUGAAGAUUUAACAAAAAUAUCUACAUUCGGUUUUCGUGGAGAGGCAUUAGCCAGUAUAAGUCACGUAGCGCACUUAACUAUACAAACAAAAACUCGUCAAGAGAGAUGCGCCUACAAAGCGUCUUACGAAGAUGGCCAGUUACAGGCAAAGCCGAAGGCUUGUGCUGGCAAUCAGGGUACGAUUAUUGUUAUCGAGGAUUUAUUUUAUAAUAUGCCACAACGCAGACAGGCCUUUAAGACGCCUAAUGAAGAAUUUCAAAAAAUUUAUGACGUAACAGCUAAGUACGCCAUACACAAUAGCCGAGUGGGUUUCAUGUUGAAAAAACAUGGUGAACAGCUAUCUCUGAAAACUAAUGUAAACAGCACUCAAGAGGCUAACAUACAAAUUAUCUAUGGCAACGACAUCAGCAAGGAGCUGAUGUCUGUCGAUUACAAAGAUCAAAUGCUUCAAUUCUCUUUAAGUGGUCUAAUAACCAAAGUGAAUUACAAUAACAAGAAAGGUAUUAUGCUGUUGUUCAUUAAUAAUCGUUUGGUAGAGUCCACAGCUUUGAAAACUGCCAUCGACAAUGUUUACAGCACUUAUUUGCCGAAAGGUAUGCAUCCAUUUAUAUAUCUAAGCUUAGAAAUGGCACCAAGUAAUUUAGAUGUCAACGUACAUCCUACCAAACAUGAAGUUCAUUUUCUGUAUGAGGAUGAAAUCGUGGAAAAAAUCAAAAGCCAAAUAGAAACGCAAUUAUUGGGCAGUAAUGCUACACGAACUUUCUAUAAGCAAUUAAAAUUGCCCGGUAUUGGCAGAGAAGAGAAGGAAACGGGAAAUGAAACAAGCAUUAACAAGUCUGCAGCAGCACAAGAUAAAGUUUCGGCGAAAGAUAUGAUACGCACCGAUAGUAAGGAACAAAAGUUGGACAAAUUUUUAUUUAGCGAAAGCAAUAAGAAAACUGAUGAUUCAUUAUCGACUUAUUCCAAUGGUGUAUUGCCUAUAACCGAACAAAGUUUUCGAGUUACUGCCAAACAAAAAACCAAGGAAGUCAAAUUAACAAGUGUUUUAAAAAUGAUGCAACAAAUAGAGAAUAAAUGUUCGGUGCAGCUAAGAAAGAUUUUAAAAGAAAUGGUUUUUGUGGGCUCAAUAGAUAAAAGCUUUGCUUUAUUUCAAUAUGAAACUAAACUUUACCUAUCUAAUACGCUAAUGUUGAGCAAGGAGCUUUUUUAUCAACGUUUGGUAUAUAACUUUGAAAAUUUUUGUGCUCUUGAAAUAGCUCCAGAGAGAUUAUCAAUUAAAUCUUUAAUUUUAUUGGCCCUAAAUUCAACAGAAAGCGGAUGGUGCGAAGAGGAUGGUGAUAAGGAAGAAUUAGCGCAACGCGCUGUUGAAAUUUUAUUAAUCCAUUCUCCUAUAAUGCGUGAAUACUUUUCUUUAAAUAUUUCUCCGGAAGGUGAUCUGUUGACGUUACCUUUGUUGUUGGAACAGUACUGCCCUAGCAAGGCCUACUUGCCUUUAUAUAUGCUGCGUUUGGCUACCGAUGUGGAAUGGGAAGAGGAAGAGAAAUGCUUUGAAACUUUUUGUCGCGAGACAGCCCAUUACUACGCUACAGUAUCAGAAGCCGAUAUAAAAGAUGAUCCGAAACGUCAUAGAUGGCAAACCGAGCAUGUCUUAUAUCCAGCUCUUAAAAAGUACUUAUUACCAUCAGAAAAAAUUAGAAAAGAAUUAUAUGAAUUGACUAGUUUACCAAAACUGUAUAAAGUGUUCGAAAGAUGUUAAAGAAGCGACAUCGAAUUUUUAUUAA